AUGAGCUAUUUGAACCUCCACGGGAAACCGGACAAGAAGUUUGACCACCUGAUCAUUGCCUUUGCCGGGUGGCCCGACGCCGGAGAGAGCGCCACCUCCAGUUUGAAGUACAUGCUGCGCGACCUGGGGGCCACCAAAUUCGCCGACAUUGACCCCGAGGAAUUCUACGACUUUACCCAGGAACGUCCGAGGUCAUAUCGCACCCGUGACGGACGGCGCCGGGUGCGCUGGCCCUCAAAUGAAUUUUAUUACUGGUUGCCGCAGCAGCCCGCAACGUCAGGCUCUUCCAAGGGUGCCCUCUUUUUCAUGGGAGUCGAGCCAAACCUGAAGUGGCGCACCUAUUCGGAAACCAUCGCCAACCUGGCCCUGGACCUGGGUGUGAGAACUGUGGUGCAUAUGGGUGCCCUGCUUGACGCCGUUCCCCAUACCAGGCAAGUAAAGCUUACCGGGUCAUCAACCCUGCCCUUGUUACAGGAAGCGCUGGAAUCGGCGAACAUUGGAACUUCAAACUACCAGGGACCAACGGGAAUCAGCACCUCGGUAAUGGAAACCUGCACCAAGAAGGGCAUGAGUUACGCCUCUCUCUGGGGCCACACUUCUCAUUACCUCCAGGCGGCGCCCAACUACCGGGUUUGCUAUACCCUGGCAGAUACCAUUUCCAGGAUCCUGCAACUCCCGGUUAACCUGAAGGAAUUGCGCUCGGCGGCAGAUAAGUUCGACCAGGAAGUGAUUCAGGCAAUUGGAAAGGACGAUCAACUCGAGAGUUACGUCAAGAAACUGGAAGACCGUUACGACGAAUCUCUCGCCGACAGUCCCAUGCCGGAACCGGCAGACGUAGUGCGGGAACUGGAGCAGUUCCUACGUUCGGAGCAGCGCAGGAACUUUGGGGGAGCGAGUUAG